UUAUCUAUUUCUAUCCCUCAGCAUGGCCCCAAAUACAACCGCCGGCACCUACUGAGAGGGUGCGUGCACACACCUCCAUGCGCAAACCAUCUCGAUGAAAAUAAACUAUUCAGUUUUAAGGUCGAUGAAACUGUCAUCUGGGCGUUGAAUUGUGGAAAAUUAUGAACGAUGCCAAGGAAUCCUCUUCUUCAGACCAUUAUUUCUCUACUGAAUUUCAGAGUUCACAACAAGUGGAUUGGGGUUCAAGAUUCUCUAAAGGGGAAAUUGAUUACUGAAGAUGACUUCAAAUGGAGAUUACUCACAAGAGAAAAAGAAGGAAGCUGUGAAAUACUGAAGUAUGUUGGUGGGGUUGACUUAAGUUUCUCAAAAGAUGAUUCAUCUAUUGCUUGUGGCACUCUUGUUGUGUUGGACUUGAUGACCCACAAAGUUGUUUAUGAAGAUUCUUCUAUUGUUAGGCUUCAAAUCCCAUAUGUUCCUGGUUUCCUUGCUUUCAGAGAGGCUCCUUUGCUUCUGGAACUUUUGGAUAAAAUGAAGAAGAAUGCUCACUGUUUCUACCCUCAGCUACUGAUGGUUGAUGGCAAUGGAAUGCUUCAUCCUCGAGGAUUUGGUUUGGCUUGUCAUAUUGGUGUCUUAGCUGAUCUUCCUACUGUUGGGGUGGGAAAGAAUAAUACUGAACUGUUACACCAUGUUGAUGGUCUUACACAAUCUACGGUAAGAGAACUCUUUCAAGCAGCAGACUCUCCUGAAAAUGUCUUACCGCUAAUUGGGGACUCUGGAUGUACCUGGGGAGCAGCAAUGCGAUCAUCUCAGGGCUCUUUGAAGCCUAUAUUUAUUUCAGUUGGUCACCGUAUAUCUCUCGCCACUGCCAUUGAAAUUGUGAGGAUAACUUGCAGAUUUCGUGUUCCAGAGCCCAUCCGACAGGCUGAUAUAAGAUCAAGAGAACGCUUGCGGAACAAUCAAUGAUUAUGUCUAUAAUUGCUUCUCUGUAUAUUUGCUGAGUUUGGUGAACUAUGAUUACUAUGGAAAUUUUUGUAAUGUUGCAUAAACUCGUUUAUGGGUGACGAUAAGUAUCUGGUACGUGUAGGUGUAUUUUUUUGCUAUAUUUGCUCGAACUCUUUAAAAAUGUUGAUACCUGCGUGUCGGAUCUUUCAAAGGUUGUGCAUUUUUGGAGGAUCUGACACAAGUGCAACAUUUUAGGAGAAUCCGAGCAACCUAAUUGAUAAGGAGAAGAACAAUUUGAUGUUUCAAUAAUAUUUUGAUGAACCUGGCAUAUUGGAGGUACUUAUUCGGACAUUGUGGAAUCAUGAAUGUUAGCUCUAUAAA